AUGUCGAUCUCGUUGAAACGUAAAAGGCUUUCCUCGGGUCUUUCUGUGUCUCAGAAAGUAUUUGUGCGUUCUCGAAAUGGUAGGGCAACUAAGAUUGUUAGAGAGCAUUACCUAAGAGAAGAUAUUCCAUGUUCAUCUAUGGCCUGUUCCAAAUGUGAAGAGUUCUAUUUUGUUGAUGCCAACGGAGAGAUGAGGCAUCCCAUUUUGUCUGAUUCUCCCUUUGAUUUACAGAAUAAUGAUAUCGGAAAACACUAUUUGAUUGUGGAUACUAACGUUGUGUUAAAUGCUAUCGACAUGAUCGAGAGCAGUUCAGUUUUCUAUGAUGUCAUUGUGCCGCAGACGGUUUUGGAAGAAGUUCGUAACAAGAGUUAUCCAAUCUAUAUGAGAUUACGCGACCUCACAAAGAAUGAGGAGAAGCGGUUUGUUGUGUUUUACAACGAGUUCAAGGUUGACACCUAUUUGACCAGAAAGAAAGGUGAAACUAUGAACGAUUACAAUGAUCGACUAAUUAGGGAGUGUGCCAAAUUCUAUAGUGAGCACUUGAAACCGUGUGGGAUCACUACAGUUUUGAUAACGGGAGACAAAGAUAAUAAAGCGAAGGCACUAAAAGCCGGUAUUAUUUCUAUGACUUUACCAGAGUAUGUGUCUCUCUUGCCUAACAGUAAAGAAUUACAGGAUAUCCUACCAUCAAAGGAAGGAUUUUCUUCUAAUUACAAAGAGAUCAGGUAUCCUGAAUAUUGCUCUGUUGCUAGACUUGUUGGUGGUGUUAAGAAUGCUAGUUUACAGCAGGGUAUCAUCAACAUCUCCUCAUAUAACUUUUUGGAGGGUUCCAUCAGUGUUCCAUCAUUGCCUAAACCGUUACUUAUUCUUGGUCGUGAAAAUUUGAACAGAGCCUUCAAUGGAGAUACCGUUGUUGUAGAGAUUCUCCCAAAAAAUAUGUGGAAGAAGCCUUCUACAGAGAUCGUCGAUGAAGAAGCCAUCAAUAAGAAUGAAAUUGGUGAUAACGACGAAAAUGAAGUUAUUAUUACUGAUCAGGAGAGACGGAUUUUGGCUCGAGAAGCAAUUAAAGCUCAGGGUGACUCUUCCGUUGAUGAGACGGAAAAGAUUGUGCCAACAGGACGUAUUGUUGGUGUUGUCAAGCGUAGCUGGAGAUUAUAUGUGGGACAACUUUCGCCUAAUAGUGUGGAUAAGAAUCGAAUUGGUGGCAACUCUGCCAAAAACUGUUUUGUUAUUUUGAUGGAUAGAACUUUACCCAAAAUUAGAAUCAAAACUAGACGAGCUCGUGAACUAGUCGGUAAGCGGAUUGUUGUCGCCGUUGAUUCAUGGCCUACCACAUCAAAAUAUCCUGAGGGACAUUUUGUGAGGACUUUGGGUGACAUUGAGGAAAAGGAUGCUGAGCAGGAAGCUUUACUACUUGAGCAUGAUAUUGAAUAUCGACCAUUUUCUAAGAAUGUGUUGAGCUGUUUGCCUAAGGAAGGCCACGAUUGGAAAGUUCCCGAGAAUCUCAACAAUGGUGAUGUUUUGUUGGCUAAAAGAGAAGAUCUUAGAGACAGAUUGAUCUGCUCUAUUGAUCCCCCGGGAUGUGUGGAUAUUGACGAUGCUUUACAUGCUAAGAAGCUUUCAAACGGUAACUAUGAAGUCGGCGUCCAUAUUGCCGAUGUGACCCAUUUUGUGAAGCCAGGUACUGCCCUAGAUCAGGAAGGUGCUUCUCGAGGUACCACUGUCUAUUUGGUGGAUAAACGUAUCGAUAUGCUUCCCACUCUUUUAGGUACAGAUUUGUGUUCCUUGAUGGCCGACGUUGACAGGUAUGCCUUUUCUGUGAUAUGGGAGAUGAAUAACAAUGCCGAGAUUGUUAACGUUCGAUUCACCAAGUCGAUUAUUAGAUCAAGACAUGCAUUUUCUUACGAGGAGGCGCAACUAAGAAUCGAUAACAAGUCGAAUCAGGACCCAUUAACAGAGGAUCUGAGGAUCUUGUUGAAGUUAUCGAAGGUCCUGAAGAAAAGAAGAUUGGAAGUGGGUGCCUUGAAUCUUGCUUCUCCUGAAGUUAAAGUUCAUAUGGAUAGUGAAACAUCUGAUCCAAAUGAAGUGGAAAUCAAGGAAUUGUUAGACACCAAUUCUUUAGUUGAAGAAUUCAUGUUGGCAGCCAAUAUUUCUGUUGCUCGUAAGAUAUAUGAAGCAUUUCCUCAGGUAGCAAUGCUUCGUCGCCAUGCAGCUCCGCCCGCCACCAACUUUGAGAUUUUGAACGAUAUGCUUCAUGUUUGCAAAGGAUUGUCGAUCUCUACGGAGAGUUCUAAGGCCAUGGCCGAUUCUCUAGAUCGUUGCGUGGAACCUGAGGAUCCUUAUUUCAAUACUUUGGUGCGUAUUAUGGCCACUAGAUGUAUGAUGGCUGCUGAAUAUUUUACCUCUGGAAGUUACAGUUAUCAGGACUUCCACCACUAUGGUUUAGCUGUAGAUAUCUACACGCAUUUCACUUCACCUAUUCGUCGUUAUUGUGAUGAUGUGGUGCAUAGACAGCUUGCCGCUGCCAUUGGCUACGAACCGUUAAGUGAGUUACAUAUGGAUAAGGAUAAGAUGGAUUUGGUGGUAAAGAAUAUAAACAAGCGUCACAGAAAUGCGCAGUUUGCCGGAAGAGCCAGUAUCGAGUAUUAUGUGGGACAAGUAAUGAAGAAUGCAGAGGCUACGGAGGAUGGUUACGUGAUUAAGGUGUUCUCCAACGGUAUUGUGGUUUUGGUUCCAAAAUAUGGUGUGGAAAACCUCAUCAAGUUGGAGCUUUUAGGAGAUGCUAAUACUGCCAAGUUUGACGAGGACAAGUAUAGAUUGUCUUUUAAGGAUAAGGAAGGUAAGCAGCGAGAAGUGGCAGUGUUUGAUAAGGUUAAAGUGUUUGUGAAAUCUCAUUUGGAUGAGUUCACUGGAAAGAGGAAGGUUCAAUUGUUGUUGAAAUGA